CGGAGCAGCGGUGGUCCCCGAGUCAACUUUCAACCUCCUCCCCCCCUCCCCCUGCUUCUGCCUCGCCAUCCUCCUCUCCGCGAAAGAUGGCUGUUUGGAGAAGGGGGAGAAGUUAGGGGGUUGCCGGCGCGGGGCGAAGGAGGGCGCGACAGUCUCAGCAGAGCUGGCGGAGGCCAGCGGGAUAUAGAUCCCUGCUUUCCACAAGUGGCUGGAAUCUCAGUCUCUCCAGGUCUCUCUUCUGUCAGCCCCUCGUGGACUGACACCACCGGCUGAAGGAAGGCUGUGACUCUAGUCUUGAAUCCUCUAUCUCCCUGAUUCCCACAAUGAGCUCGCCAGUGCCUCCAGAUGGGGUGGCUGGACGAGAGCAGCUCUCGGCUCAGCAGAGAAUGCACAGUAUGAUCAGCUCAGUGGAUGUGAAGUCAGAGGUCCCUGUGGGCCUGGAGCCCAUCUCACCUUUGGACCUAAGGACAGACCUCAGGAUGAUGAUGCCCGUGGUGGACCCUGUUGUCCGUGAGAAGCAAUUGCAGCAAGAAUUACUCCUCAUUCAGCAACAGCAGCAAAUCCAGAAGCAGCUCCUGAUUGCAGAGUUUCAGAAGCAGCAUGAGAACUUGACACGGCAGCACCAGGCUCAGCUUCAGGAACACAUCAAGUUGCAACAGGAACUUCUAGCCAUAAAACAGCAACAAGAACUCCUCGAAAAGGAGCAGAAACUGGAGCAGCAGAGGCAAGAACAGGAAGUAGAGAGGCAUCGCAGAGAACAGCAGCUUCCUCCUCUCAGAGGCAAAGAUAGAGGACGAGAAAGUAAGAAGCAUCAGGGGGCAGUGGCAAGUACAGAGGUAAAGCAGAAGCUUCAAGAAUUCCUGUUGAGUAAAUCAGCAACAAAAGACACUCCAACCAAUGGAAAAAAUCAUUCCGGGAGCCGCCAUCCCAAGCUCUGGUACACGGCUGCCCACCACACAUCACUGGAUCAAAGCUCUCCUCCCUUGAGUGGAACAUCUCCAUCCUACAAAUACACAUUACCAGGAGCACAGGAUGUGAAGGAUGAUUUCCCUCUUCGAAAAACUGCUUCUGAGCCCAACUUGAAGGUGCGGUCCAGGUUAAAACAGAAAGUGGCAGAGAGGAGAAGCAGCCCCUUACUCAGGCGGAAGGAUGGAAAUGUUGUCACUUCAUUCAAGAAGCGAAUGUUUGAGGUGACAGAAUCCUCAGUCAGUAGCAGCUCUCCAGGAUCUGGUCCCAGUUCACCAAACAACGGGCCAACUGGAAAUGCUACUGAAAAUGAGACUUCAGUUUUGCCACCCACUCCUCAUGAGCAGAUGGCUUCACAACAACGUAUCCUAAUUCACGAAGAUUCCAUGAACCUGCUAAGUCUUUACACGUCUCCCUCUUUGCCCAAUAUUACGUUGGGACUCCCAGCAGUGCCAGCCCAGCUCAAUGCUUCGAGUUCACUCAAAGAAAAACAGAAGUGUGAGACACAGACGCUCAGGCAAGGCAUCCCUCUGCCUGGGCAGUUUGCGGGCAGCGUCUCGUCGUCGUCCAGCCAUGCCCAUGUUGCUUUAGAGGGAAAGCCCAACAGCAGCCACCAAGCUCUCCUGCAACAUUUAUUAUUGAAAGAACAAAUGCGACAGCAAAAGCUUCUUGUGGCUGGCGGGGUUCCCUUACAUCCUCAGUCUCCCUUGGCAACAAAAGAGAGAAUUUCACCUGGCAUUAGAGGUACCCACAAAUUACCCCGUCACAGACCCCUGAAUCGAACCCAGUCUGCUCCUCUGCCUCAGAGCACGUUGGCUCAGCUGGUCAUUCAGCAGCAACACCAGCAAUUCUUGGAGAAGCAGAAGCGAUACCAGCAGCAGAUCCACAUGAACAAACCAGCAAGGCAAGAGCUUAGCUUUGCUGGGGGAUCACCUCCAGAUGUUGCACCAAAGAGAGACCCUGCCACCCCACUGAGACUGCUUUCGAAAUCUAUUGAACAACUGAAGCAACCAGGCAGUCACCUGGAGGAAGCCGAGGAAGAGCUUCAGGGGGACCAGGCGAUGCAGGAAGACAGAGCGCCCUCUAGUGGCAACAGCACUAGGAGCGACAGUAGUGCUUGUGUGGAUGACACAUUGGGACAAGUUGGGGCUGUGAAGGUCAAGGAGGAACCAGUGGACAGUGAUGAAGAUGCUCAGAUCCAGGAAAUGGAAUCUGGGGAGCAGGCUGCUUUUAUGCAACAGCCCUUUCUGGAGCCCCAGCACGCACGUGCGCUCUCGGUGCGCCAAGCUCAGCUGGCUGUGGUUGGCAUGGAUGGAUUAGAGAAACACCGCCUUGUCUCCAGGACUCAUUCCUCCCCUGCUGCCUCCAUUUUACCUCACCCAGCAAUGGACUGCCCCCUCCAGCCUGGCUCUGCAACUGGAAUUGCCUAUGACCCUCUGAUGCUGAAACACCAGUGCAUCUGUGGCAGUUCCACCACCCACCCCGAGCAUGCUGGACGAAUACAGAGCAUCUGGUCACGGCUGCAAGAAACUGGGCUGCUAAGUAAAUGUGAGCGAAUUCAAGGUCGAAAAGCCAGCCUAGAGGAAAUACAGCUUGUUCAUUCCGAACAUCACUCCCUGUUGUAUGGCACCAACCCCCUGGAUGGACAGAAGCUGGACCCCAGGACACUCUUAGGUGACACCUCUCAAAAGUUCUUUUCUUCAUUACCUUGUGGUGGACUUGGGGUGGACAGUGACACCGUUUGGAACGAGCUGCACUCGUCCGGUGCUGCACGCAUGGCUGUGGGCUGUGUCAUCGAGCUGGCUUCCAAAGUGGCCUCUGGAGAGCUGAAGAAUGGGUUUGCUGUUGUAAGGCCCCCAGGCCAUCAUGCUGAGGAAUCCACAGCCAUGGGGUUCUGCUUUUUUAAUUCAGUUGCAAUUACCGCCAAAUACUUGAGAGACCAACUAAAUAUAAGCAAGAUAUUGAUUGUAGAUCUGGAUGUUCACCAUGGAAAUGGUACACAGCAGGCCUUUUAUGCUGACCCCAGCAUCCUGUAUAUUUCACUCCAUCGCUAUGAUGAAGGGAACUUUUUCCCUGGCAGUGGAGCCCCAAAUGAGGUUGGAGCAGGCCUUGGAGAAGGAUUCAAUAUAAAUAUUGCCUGGACAGGUGGCCUGGAUCCUCCCAUGGGAGACACUGAGUACCUUGAAGCAUUCAGGACUGUGGUGACGCCUGUGGCCAAAGAGUUUGAUCCAGACGUGGUCCUAGUUUCCGCUGGAUUUGACGCAUUAGAAGGCCACGCCCCACCUCUGGGGGGUUACAGAGUGACAGCAAAAUGCUUUGGUCAUUUGACGAAGCAAUUGAUGACACUGGCUGAUGGACAUGUGGUGUUGGCUCUAGAAGGAGGACAUGAUCUUACAGCCAUCUGCGAUGCAUCAGAAGCCUGUGUAAAUGCCCUUCUAGGAAAUGAGCUGGAGCCACUUGCAGAAGAUAUUCUCCACCAAACCCCGAAUAAGAAUGCUGUUAUUUCUUUACAGAAGAUCAUUGAAAUUCAAAGCAAGUACUGGAAGUCGGUAAGGAUGGUGACUGUGCCAAGGGGCUGUGCUCUGUCUGGGGCUCAGCUGCAAGAGGAGACAGAGACUGUUUCUGCCCUGGCCUCCCUCACGGUGGAUGUGGAACAGCCCUUUGCUCGAGAAGACAGCAGGUAUGGAUCGAACGUGGGGGAAUCAUUAAGAACUGCUGGUGAGCCUAUGGAAGAGGAGCCAGCCUUGUGAAGUGCCAAGUUAACCCCCCCCAUAUUUCCUGUGUGUGACAUCAUUGUGUAUCCCCCCACCCAGCACCCUCAGACAUGUCUUGUCUGCUACCUGGGUGGCACAGAUUCUAUGGAACAUAAACACUGGGCACAAAAUUCUGAACAGCAGCUUCACUUGUUCUUUGGAUGGACUUGAAAGGGCAUUAAAGAUUCCUUAAACAUAACCGCUAUGAUUCUAAAGUUACAGUAAACCAUGAUUGGAAGAAACUGCUUCCAGUGUGCUCUGAAUAUGUUGGGGUGACCUACUCAAAGGCCCAAAGUAUGAACUAGAAACAUCCAAGACAGCAUUAGAUAUUGUUAAUUACAGAUGCUAUGACAGCCAGCAAAAUUGGGGGCAAAACCUGAGAAAUACUCAUUUCUGACAUUCUGGUCAGUUUGUUACUGGGUAAUUUUUUUGUCAGACAGUUUUCAAUUGUUUACAGGAUUUGCUUUCAGCUAUGAGUGGAUAGCAGUUCCUGACAGAUCCUAGGGGUCUUUUUUGUUUGUUUGUUUUGUUUCUUGGCCUUUGUUUUAACACAUGGUUCAACUCUUGCUAGUUAGAGUUCAAGAUGGAGGAACUAGGAUGAGGCUUUUUUCAAUUGCAUAAACCAUGCUCUAUCUCCAAGUACAAAUGCCAAAGGAACCUUACAAACUGUAUGCAAUGGUGCAAUAUUUUAUGCCACAUUUUUUUGAGAAAAAUUACCCUCUUCCCCUGACAUCCCUCUCUGAGUCCCACACGUGGGAGAUCUGCAGUCGCACUUGAGGAUGAGGUCUCCCUUCCCCCUCAGGCAUCCCUUGCCCUGAUGAUGGUAGCUCUGAGCAUAUGUUCCAUGGAAGAUUUUCAGUGUCUUUGAAAAGUGCAUAACUUUUCAAAGAUGGUCUUAAUCUGUUCCAAAUCUAUCAAGAAGUUAUUCUCUCACUUUUCUUUUGCCGCCCUCUACCAUUUCCUGUCUUCUUGCCUUUCAUCCUUCCUUCCUAUAAAAAAGCUAAAGAUUACCCAUAAUCUCCCCCAAUUACUCAGGAGCUUUGAACAUUUAUUUUUUACUUUCCAGGUUAACACAGUUGCUUGGUCUGAUAUAUUCUGUUAGCUGUGAAACCAUUAAAGUGAAUAUGGCUUAAGCAAUGUUACUGAAUUUUCUAGAUCUUUGAAAUGUGUUAAUGAAGGCAUUGCCUAUUUGAAGUCACCUUGAAAUAAGUUGACCUUGAAGUUGUGCCUUCAUCUGAAAAAAAACCUUAACCUUUAACCUUAGUGUCAAAAGCCAAAAAUAAGAGACAUUUAUUUCUGAGAUUAAAACCAAUUUACUGAAUAUAGUAGGUUAUCUGCCUACUUCCCAAAAUUCUAUUUCAGUGUAUAACUCAAACACCUGAAGACACUGAUGUAGGAUACUUUCAGUAUUUAAUAUCUGACAAUGCUUUUGAGAGUGUUGUUGUUUCUUUACAUAUAUUUUCCUAACUAACUCAAAGGAUAUAUUAAAGCCAUAAGUGAAGAUUGUCAUGCUUUUAUUCAGAAAUCUGAAAGAAACCUUAAUUAAAACAAGGUUUUAGGGAAGGCCUUGAUAUGAAAGAUAUGGAACAAUAUGGUUUUAGUUAAAGAGGACUCUAACCUGUAAAUCAAAGAUGAAAGAUUUCACUCAAGUAGAAUUAUAUAACUCCCUUUUGUUUUACAGUCAGACCAUAUUUUUCAUGCAUUUGGUUUUUUUAGGAUUACAAUUUUUUAAAGACUUUUAUUACAUGUAUGAAAAUGACUCAAUACUUGUUUUAACAUCUUAGAAAUCUAAGAUAAGCUUUAAAAUAGGAAAUCUGAAAUGGAAUGUAACUCAGUAUUAGGUAAAAAUCACUUUUAUUGCGUAAGGAUGAGGUCAAUCUAGAUUCAGAAUUGUAAUGAAUUUUUUGUAAAAAAAUUCACAUUUUCAGAGAAAUUCAUGCCAAUUAUAUUUGCUUGCUCUUGCUGUUUUGCUUUAAUUGCUUAAGGCGAUUCAAAGAAAACCAGAUAAUGGAGCCAAAAGUUUAAAAAAGACUUCCCCCUUUAAAAAGAAAGUGAUAUCAUAUUUUAAUUGGAAACAUAAUUAUGACUUGUAAAAAUCAACUUCAUAAUUACAAAUCUCUAUUAUUACUCUCAAUCCUUCCAGAUAUUUUUUAGAUGUUGAAUAAGAAAAUGAAACAGUAUAGUGCAAACAUAGUAAUUUACUGAAGUUUCCUAUAAUAGUUUUGCCAUGAGUUUGAUAAAUCCAGAUCACUAGGACAUCUCCAUGGUUAUCUGGAUUUAAAACAUGGCAUUGUUGAGUUAAUCACACAUCCUCCCAUAUGACAGUGUACCCAAUUGGUUGCAGUUAGAGUCUUGGAUACACGGAGAGGCAGAUAAACAGAUAAACCAUGGAGAGGAUUAAUCACAGCUAAAUGUAGUUGUAAGAACAGAAUGCCAGUGCUUUUUGAUUAUACCAUUGCAAGAUGUAGUAUAGCCCUCAGGGACAGAAUGGAGGCUUUUGGAGAAUAUCAACACUUCUUUUGAAAUACACCAGCACUUUUUGAAAGGGUAGCUUCAGUUGAUAUAGUUAUUUUCUUACACAUUGAAUUUUUAUUGGUCACAAAAGUUCCGAGUUAAGGGCUGUUAGAACUCCUCUCUAAGCAUUAUCAAUAAUAUAUCUCUUUCUGAUCCAUACUUUGAAGGAUAAUAGAUUAUAGAUGUGCUCACAAUCUCAUAAUAACUCAUACAUGAUGAAAAAGUAAUGAUUUUUGAUAAAUCUAUUAAUAAACAAUGCUAGGAGUUUAAUAAGAUUUGGUAAUAGGUACAAAAAGAAAGUUUAAUAAAUUAAUUUUCUCAAUUAUAUAGUACAAACUGGGGUUGUAUAUUAAAUUCAAAAAGUCUUAUUAGAUAAUAAGUAUAAUGGACCUCAAGUGGUAAUAGAAACUAUUUAAUCAUAGCUCUUUAAAUGGGAAGAACAUUUUGAGAUGAAGUCUUUUAACAAAUUUACAUCAAUAAUAGAGAUAGAAGUCAGCUUUUGGAGAAAACAGAUACAUAUGAAAAAUGACUACAAAUAGCAUUUUCAUUACCAAUCAUAGGAACUGAAAUCUUGCCUUCAGUUUUGACUGUCGCCUUUUGCAAAACUUCCAUACUUUUCUCACUGACAGCAUGGUAGAUUUUAAAGGAGGACAUCUCCUCACACAUUUUCAGAAACUAAGGGCUGGCCUCUGCUAACAAUUCAGUGCUUCCUUAUUUCUGAAGGUCAUUCACAAAGCUUUGCAGAUUUACUGGGUUUCUUUACAGACUCCAUAUGGAAGUAAAAUAGAAUGAUGAUGUGGAAACUAUUCUGAGAGAAAAUUCCUCUUCUCAGUCAUAACUUUUAUACUUAUUUUUUUUCCAGCAUUUAUGUGUAGGACAAUUUGUUUAAACAACUUUUACUAUUUAUCUUUUGAAAGUUUACUCUCAAUUUGUCUCAAUGAAAGUAUUAAAUGUCUAAUAGUCACAAAACAAAGCCAAAGGUUUCUGUCCUAAAAGUAAUUUAUUCUGAGCUUGGAAUAAUCAAAAUCUGUCAGAGUUUGACAUCAUUUCUAGCAUUAUCUAUCCUAACAUUCCUUUCCUGAUCAGGAAUGAAAUCACUUAACUUGCUGAGCAAAUAAGAAAAAAGAGAAGUAGGAAACAACACACCUUUUCAACUAUUGCACAAAUAGGGCAUUUCACCUCCAAAAAGAAUGAAAACCAGAUGAUCGAAGCUCAGAAAUGAAGGCAUUUUAUUGUCUUUAAAACCAAUCAUCAACAUGGUAAUGAUCAUCAUCAAAUAUUUCUUGUGUUCCCUGAGGACACAAUUAUAAUUUGGUCUCUAGCAGAAUUUUAUACUGUUUACUGCCUCUUGAAUGCAGUAUUAUGAAUACUACAUCACCAUCAUCAACACCACCACUAAAAUAUGUAAGUGCCACUGUGUGCCUUGUUUCCUGGUCGUAUUUACAUUGAAAAUCAUAGUCCUUGCCUCUUAACAGCUUUUACUACAUCAAAUGCUUCAUGAAGCACAGCAUGAUUGUCAUAUGGCCCGAGUGUAAAUUUUUUACAUGAACAAGGCAUGUUCACAUUGGACUAUAGAAUUUGGUUUCUCCUAAUCAACUGCAGUCCAGUUUUUCUGUGAUAUAUGUGGCUGGUUUUACGUAAUGGUUUAUGCAACAGCUGAGUCAGUUAUUAACAUGUUAGGUAUAGCUGGGUGGAGCAAUUGAACCUGAGACUAUAGAUCUGGGGCUGUUUGGACUUGAUCUUAAAGACAGAAUAAUAGGGUUGUAAUGAUUUCUCAAACUGGAACAUUUAGCAAAUACAUAGUUCACAGAAAAGUGUCAAUCUUUCUAACCAAUAAUUUACUUUCCACUCUUCCCCUGUCCAAUUGCCAAUACCAAAUUGCUCUAUCUAAAUUGUCAGAAUAAUUUCUUCAAUCUCUGCUUUAUGUUUCUUAAGUAGAAAUAACCAUAACAGCUUAUUUUUAUGACACAUCACUAGAUCUACUUUCUUUCAUGCUAUUUUAUAUAAACACUCUGGUAGAUACUCUUCAUCUUCCUUUUCAAAAACCUCAGCCUUUUUACUAAUCUUAAAAGAUAGAUUAUGUUAUUGUGUUUUGGUCUGAAUCUUUGGACUCGGCACUUUGUCUUAAUAAUACAGAAUGAUUCUUUCUCUCACAUAUGCAGUUUUCCACCAGUCUUGCUACUACCUAACUGUGUUGUGCCAACUGCCACAUAGAGAAGAUUGUGUAUGUCCUUUUCUUGCCCUUUGGAUGAUGUCCUUAUGAGUCAAACUCACAAACACAAACUUUAGCAUGAGGAAAAGAUGGUGAAAGAGAAAUUUUACAAUAGUAUAAUUUGGAAGUAAGGUAUUUCCAGACUAUUUGAAGAAAAUUGGAGUUCUCUGUUUUCUGUUUGGGCCUUAGGCACAUUAGAGGCCAAUGUUGCAACAUCGAAUAAACUACGGAGGGACAAGUGUUCUGCUGGCACGUUGUGGUCAUAUCCUCCAGGCUUCACUGUGGUGCCCAUUUUUGGAGUUGGCAUUUUAUGACAAUUGAUAGAGAUCUUGCAGCAGUUUCUGGCUAUUGCUUUUAUUAAUUUAAAAUUGAGUAGAAACAGAUUAGCGGAAAAACUUAGGAAUCCUAAAAUAUGAGGAGACAUGGCACUUCCUUGGGUAUGCAAAGAUUGUUUUUAGAUAAAAAUCUCCAUAUGCUCUUCCUAAAUUGUAAGAUCCUCAAACUCUUGUUGCAUAAGCAAUGUCAGUGUCCAUCUCUACAACAGCUGAGUAUAUGGAAUCUCCCUUCCACUGGUUGCUGGGCACAGCAAGGAGGCUGUUAAAAAUGAGUGACCAUUUUGUAGAUUAUUGUCUCAGCAGUUUGUGUCACUUGAAAGCAAAUAUCCUGAAAUUUUUAAGUAAGGUAGGCAGGGCAGGCGGAAAACCAAUAUUUAUUACCUCUGUGAUUAAACUCUCUAGACCCAGCUUGUUGAUAUGUAUGCCAGUACUCUGGAGAUUCUGGCUUAGCAUAAAAUUAAAAUGUCUUUCCUACUGUGGUCUGAUAUCUGUUUCUGUAAUAAGAUCAGUUUGUUGUCCUCUGUGCACCAGUGGUUUUGCCCUUAAUUUUUUUGGCUAGCAAUCACCAAAAACUGUCAUUCAGAGCUGCUGAGAAAAAUACAUGUGGCCAAACUUCUUUUCUUAGAAUUUUGCUGCAGUGAUGUUUUCCCAGAUGUGAACAAUAAUUAUCUAAUAAAGGAUUAAUAUCUAAUAACGAUAUCAUUCUUAAACAUGCUCAUGGAAUGUUUACCUUCUUUCUGAUUCCUUUUUGUACUUGAAAAUACUGAAUGGAAAAUCCAGCGGUGUGUUCCAAAUUAUUGUUCAUGUUGUUAAUGUCAUGAUUCUCCUUCAAAGAGGAUUUAAAAAUCCCUUUUUGUCUUGUUUUCUACUGAAUUAGAUUUUCCUCUAGUCCUAGUGUGAAUAAAAGCUAUUUGAAAUAAAA